AAGGAGGCCGAGGGCUGGCAAUUUUCCGCGGCCGGCAGUUUAUUUUAUCUUUGGGUGAGGAAGCCUAGGAAGAUUUCAACGGUUUUUCUCGAAGUCCAAAAAAAGUCAAUUUCCAUUGUAGAUUUUUCUCUGAUCUCUCUCCCUCCUUAAAGAGUCGGUGGUUUUUGUAUUGAUUCUCUCUCUCUCUCUCUCUGUCUCUCUCUCUCUCUCUCCCCUUAAAGAAUCCUUGUUUUUGGUUUGAAGAAGACGGUUAGAAAGAUGGUAAGCUCUGAUGGGAUUGGAUUGAUGGCUGUUGUAGCGAUUUCAGGAAGCGUGGCGCUUGUCGCUCUAGAAGCGCACAGGCGACUCUUGGCUGAGUUCUUGAAGAAGGUCGAAUUGGAAUUGGGGGCUGGAAGAAAUAAUCAACAUAAAAAGAAGGUGAGGUUUGCAGACGAUGUGAUCGAGCCAUCAUCGAAUAACAAAGAAUACAGGAAGCAACAUAUGAAGAUUUCGACGAUGAUGAACGGUGGCGAUGAUCGGAUUCAAGUAACGGUUGGCAUUACGGGUAGGGACUCCAUUAAAGAGAUUGCAAGCAGCAUCCCACCUAAUCGGCUUGCUUUGUAUAAAGGAAUCAUAGAACAACGCAUGAUUAAUGGCCACAUCCCAUUAUAUUGUUGAUUAAAAAAAAAAAAAAAAGGGUUAGGAUUUUUUGUUCUCUCUAUAUAUAUAUUUAAAGGAUGCGAUUAACCUAUGCAUGUAAAUUAGGCCAUAAGUAUUGUGACUUGUACUGUGGGUGGAUCAGACGAGAUGGAUGAUCCCAUUUGUAUGAUGAAAUGAGCUUUUUCCUUGUAAAAUGGACACAAUAAAUUUUGUUUUGUUUAGUGACUGUUUGGGCCCACCGAUCAAACAAAUA